AUGCCUUCCCAAUCCAUAGCCCAGAAAUUUGACUCUAUAGAAGAUACAAUCGCAGCCUUCAAAAACGGCGAAUUCAUAGUAGUCCUCGACGACCUGUCCCGCGAAAAUGAAGGCGACCUCAUAAUAGCCGCUUCAGCCAUAACGCCCUCAAAAAUGUCCUUCAUGAUCCGCCACACCUCCGGCCUAAUCUGCGCGCCCAUGCCCCCCUCCCUCUGCACCCACUUCGCCCUCCCGCAAAUGGUAACCUCGAACGAAGACCCGAACCGAACCGCCUACACAAUCUCCAUCGACGCCAACUCCCCCUUAACCACCACCGGCAUCUCGGCCUCCGACCGGGCAUUAACCUGUAACCUACUCGCCGAGAAGAGCUCCACGAAAGACAGCUUCCGGAGACCGGGCCAUGUGUUCCCGUUGAGGGCGAAGGAGGGCGGGGUGAGGGAGAGGACGGGCCAUACGGAGGCGGCGGUGGAGUUUUGUCGGUUGGCGGGGAUGCCGGAGGUGGGUGUGAUUUGCGAGUUGGUGGAGGAUGGGGAGGAGGUUGAGGGGCAAGCGGAGAGGAGGGAGGGAGGUAUGAUGAGGCGGGAUGGGUGUUUGAGAUUUGGGGAGCGGUGGGGGUUGAGGGUUUGUACUAUUGAGGAUUUGGUUGCGUAUGUGGAGAGGACGGAGGGGAAGUUGGGGGGUGGGGUGGGGAAGGAGAAUGGAGUUGUUAAUGGGAGUUCGUGA